UUAUGUCUUUCAGAGUUUGAGGCCUGCCGUCACCAUGCUGCCUUACUUCCUUCUCCUCUGCCUCCACUCUGGUCUGGUGGUAUCCUACGAAUGCCCGGAUGACUGUUCCUGCCAGGGCCAGGCCUCCAUCUUCUGCAUUCACCGGCGCUCCAACGUCAUGCCUCGUGUCCCCACCUCCAUCACAAAUCUAUACAUCUUCCAGAACGGCAUCGACUCUUUGUCCCAAGAUGACUUCAAAGGCCUGGGGGAGACGGAGCUUCUAGAUCUGAGCCAGAAUCAGCUGGUGGAAAUUCCAGAUGGUGUGUUUGAGAUGCUGUUGAAGCUGAAGAACUUAGACCUGUCCUCUAACCAGAUCACACACAUUUCCAAAGACAGUUUCUCUGGGUUGGCCCAGCUGGAGAGACUGUAUCUUCAUGCCAACCGCAUUCAGAGCAUCCAUCCGGAGGCUUUUGACAGUUUAGAGAUGCUGCUGGAACUCAAGCUCCAACGAAACCAGCUCACAUCUCUGCCAUCCCUUCAGUUCCCCAAACUUCUGCUGCUAGACCUCAGUCACAACACCAUCCCAACCCUGGGACACUCAGACAUGCAGACCCCGCAUCUGGAGGCCCUUAAGGUGUCUUCUGUUGGGCUCACCUCUGUGGAUGAGGAUCUCAUAGCCUCUCUGGGAAACCUACAUGAGCUCGACAUCUCCACAAACCAGUUAACUGAGGUGCCCCCGGCUCUGCAGCAGGACUCCCUCAAGGGGCUGAUCAAGCUCAGCCUGGCUGCCAACCCAUUGGGUGAUCUGAGGGUGGAGGACUUCCAGAAGCUGAUCGGACUUCAAGAACUGGAUCUAAGUGGUCUUAAACUCCAGGGAUUUUCUCAGAGUUUCUUCCAGACCUUCCCCAGGCUGGUGCACCUGACAGCGGCUGAGAACCCGUUUAACUGCUUGUGUCCAUUAGCUUGGUUCCCCGUCUGGCUUAAGGAGAAGAAUGUGAAUCUUGGACGUCCUGAGGAAACCAGAUGUCACUUCCCUUUGGUUAAUGCCGGGAAGAUGCUUUCAGCCCUGGAGCACAAAGACUUUGGGUGUCCACCUUCUACAACAGUGCUGAUUGACUCCCCCAUUGGAAGUACUGCUGUUCCCCAGGUGUCCACCACAUCUCCAGAGACCAUCCAUACCAACGCCAUACCGCCCCCUCCUCCACCCAGUGAGGCCACCAUCUCCUCAAAAACAGACCGCCCCCAUUCCCCAGAACCUCCAGUCUCUCCAAGCUCCACCAACAGGGAGGUAGGGGAGCACAUCUGCCCACCAAACAUCUGCCUCAAUGGGGGCACUUGUAAUUUUGACCCGUUAGGUCAACUCAGCUGUUUGUGUCCGUCGGGAACAUCUGGCCUCUACUGUGAAAAUGUGGAGGAGGUCCCUGAGCCUCCGAAACCUUCAGAGGUUUUGUUAGUCGCCCUUGUGAUUCCUGUUGAACUGGAUGCUAUCAGCUCACGGCACGUCACCUCCACAUCUAUCCUUCUGGACCUGCACCGAUUCAUUGAAACACGGCCAGACAUCCGGGGAAUCCGGUUGACCUACCGUAACCUCUCAGGGCCUGACCGCCGCCCCAUAAUCCUGAGUGUACCGGCAUCCUACCCUGAGUACACUUUGCGUGGUUUGCUACCCAACUGUACCUACUCAGUCUGUGCCAGUCCCCUGGAGGAAAGAAUCAGCUCAAGGACCAACAGCUCUGUUGAAACAGGGUCAUGUACGGAGGCUCGUACUGAAGGGAUACCGCGGAUGUCUACAGAGUCCUGGGUGGAGACCCAGAGCCCGCUGACAUACACCCUCAUCCCCGCCUUGGCUGCACUGGCGUUGGUGCUCGGGUUGGCCGUGGUGGUCGGGGCGAUCAUUUGUGUCCGAAAGAGAAGGCAGGCCGAGGCAGGAAUGGAGCUGGAGCUAGGCCCGGCAGAUCCAGAUCCAGAUCCAAUGGAACUGGAGGGGACCAAGGCCUGCCUGGAGAACGGGGGACAUGGUAUACUACCCCAAAAACAAACUGAGAUUGACAGAUGUCGAACUCCUCAGCCACCUCCAUCCUUGCAACAAAAUGGGGGUUUGGACUUUGAAGUACCCUUAAUGCAAGGCCACUGCCCAUCAAAUAACAAUAUAGCGUCAUUAAAGCCAUCCUACUUCUAAUAUCCAACAAAUGCAAACACUUUGGGACUAUGAUGCAGUUUAAAGUCAUCGAGCCGAGCUAACCAAGCGAUUCAACUAAGUGCAAUUGACUAGAAGGGUCUUAGUAGCAGACAGAAAACAGAAGUGCCUUUUUGCAUCGACACAACUGUAACCAGUGGAUUUGUCUCUUUGCUUGUAUGAAAGAAACUAUGUGAAGGAGCUGUAAUCCUUCUUGCUGGAUUUGGGAGAACAGUGCCUCAGACUUUGGGCAGCAGAACUGCCGGAAGUGGCAGUGGUUUAAAUAAUGACGGAGAUGCCGAGACCAAACGUCCCGGCACAAAACGGUUCAUCGACCAACGCGAACCGCUCCAUGGGAGUUAUAAAAAGAACUUGCACUGAAAAGAAAUCUUUCUUUUCCUUUGUAGUGUCCACAGGACUGAUGAUGGUCACAUAAAGAAAUGCAAUAAUGCAAAAAAAGGUUGCUUUGAAAAGCGGUCUAAAGAUUGUUUGUAGCUGUGGACAUUCUCAGAUCAAAACAAAACUAUAAUUCAAGCAAAAUUGGAUUAUUCAGUGUCUUCGGAUUAACUAUAAUUCUCUCCACACGUCUUGAAGAUUUUCUCUUUGGGGAGAUUAAUUUGCUGUGAAAGAGAAAUGGACUGAAUGAAGAGCCAUUGAGAAAGGACUGUGCCUGCAUCGCUCUGUGACUGGAGGCCGUUUUGUGUAGCUUACACCCUGUUCCUGUUUUGUUGUUUUUGUAUUUCUAUCCUGUUUUUUGCUGCCGAUGUUCAUUCAGUAUUGCUUUGGUUGUGAGUUAAAACUGUACUAACUGUUCCCCUUUGAAAUAAGCUGCCAGUCAUCAUGGAUUCUUUCAUUUUGUAUUUGCAUCCUAGGGAAA